UCGCUUUUGUUGCGAGAUCACUGCGCCGUGGGCCCACACUGUCAGCCUCUCUCUCUCUCCCUCUACUCCCACCAUCCGGGCGAAAUCACUCGAGCUUCACACCUGUGUCAGAUCUCGGAAUCACUCCGCCGCCGCCGCCGCGGAGCUCGCCGUCGACUCCUCCUCCUCCUCCUCCUCUCACCAUGGCGGCGCUGCUGCUUCGUAGGCUCGCCGGGACCCACCGCGGCCGCGUGCCUCUGGCCGCCGCCGCCGCCGUCACCGGUGGAGCGGCGCUCUUCUGCGCCUCGUCUCCCCCAACCAUCGCGCUCAUGGAGGAGAAGGGCGAGGAUGCCGCUGCUAAAGUUGCGCUUAACCCAGACAAGUGGCUAGAGUUCAAGCUCCAGGAGAAGGCAACAGUUAGCCACAAUUCACAAUUAUUUAGAUUUUCGUUUGACCCAUCUACUAAGUUGGGUCUUGAUGUUGCUUCAUGUCUCAUAACAAGGGCUCCAAUAGGAGAGGAAGUGGAGGGAGGAAGAAAAUUUGUCAUUCGCCCGUACACACCUAUCUCUGAUCCAGAUUCUAAAGGAUAUUUUGACCUGCUAAUCAAGGUUUAUCCUGAUGGGAAAAUGAGUCAGUAUUUCGCAAGUCUGAAACCAGGAGAUGUUGUUGAGGUCAAAGGGCCCAUUGAAAAGCUCAGAUAUAGCCCAAAUAUGAAGAAACAAAUUGGCAUGAUCGCUGGUGGGACUGGCAUAACACCAAUGCUGCAGGUUGUCAGGGCUAUCCUAAAAAACCCUGAUGACAACACUCAGGUUUCCUUAAUUUAUGCCAAUGUGUCACCAGAUGAUAUCUUGCUGAAAAGGGAAUUAGAUAGACUUGCCAGUAGCUAUCCUAAUUUCAAGGUAUUCUACACGGUGGACAAACCAUCAAAUGAUUGGAGGGGUGGUGUUGGCUACAUAUCCAAGGACAUUGCCUUGAAAGGUUUGCCACGGCCAGGGGAGGAUUCUCUGAUCCUUGUUUGUGGUCCUCCAGGUAUGAUGAAUCAUAUAUCCGGUGACAAGGCAAAGGAUAGAUCGCAGGGCGAGCUCACCGGCAUUCUGAAAGAGUUAGGAUACACUGCAGAGAUGGUAUACAAGUUCUGAGUGCGUCUUCAAGACGUUAGAAUGCUGACAUGCUUGCUGCAAUGGCGCCAUGGCAAUGAUCAAAUAAACCACAGCUGAACACUUCUUUUAUUAUGCCACAGCAGUUGGGUUCCAGACUUGAGAAAGUUUUGACAUUUCUCAAUAAUGUUCAUUGAGAAUCACAUCUUUUUGCGUGGUUUGCUUCUGCGAUAUGUUCUUGCGGCCCAUGCACCUGGAUAUGCAUUGCUUCAGCCGUUUAUGAGAUGGUCUGGAAUUGCCGUGGAUGAUCUUAUAGAGAUAGAUCCAUUCACAGAUUU